UACAUGCUUGCUAUAGGGGGCGACACUUGCACACCGGAGCUGAGACGCUCUCACCCGGACCACUAGCACGCGCUCGGACUCAGCCCAGUCACACAGAUUUGUUGUCAUCCAGAAUGAGCGCGCGCUUCACCGCUGCCGGUUACACGCGCGAGCUCUGCAGGACCAGUUCCUCCAAGCUUCGAUAACUUUCUAAGAAAAAAAAGAAGAUUUUUUUUUCCUCCGCUUUAUUUAUUUAAGCAAGCAAAGCCAGCAUGAACUGGACUGCGUUCAACGCCACGGACGGCGGGUUCCACGCCGGGGGCACCGACUCCGUGUCCGCGUGCUGCACUUGGUCCUCAGCUGUCACAGACUCCGGCUUGGCGCAGAGCGGCGCGCACGAGCGCGGCUCCUUCGCCCCGAACAUGGUGCAGGUCGCUGUGAUGUGCGUGCUCGCGCUCACCGUGGUCUUCGGCAUCUUCUUCCUGGGCUGUAACCUGCUGAUCAAAUCCGUGGGAAUGAUCAACUUCCUCGUCACGGACAGAAGAUAUUCCAAGGACGUCGAGGCGGUUAUAGUGUGCUCGUAGUGGAAAGACUCGGAUUUGUUCAUGCUGCUGCUGAGAUCUUUCUCUAAGAUGAUAUGAAGACUGUUUGGACUUGCAUACUGGUGCACAGAAAACUUUAACACCUACAGCUGAAAGGAUAGUCUGCAUUGUGAAAAUGGCAUGAUGACAUUCCCUGGAGUUAACUCUUCUGCAUUAGGUUAUUUAUUAAAAACUGCUAAAUAACUACUUUAUUUUAAUGCAGCAUGGACUGGAAAAAGAUCUUCAAAUGUAUGCAACUGAUUAUACUUAUACUUGUACAUUACACAGUGUCAAUUUGAUUUCGAAACAUUUUGUGCUGCUUAAAACUGUAUCACCUAGUCUUCACCCCUGUAGUACCUAUCUGCAUUAUUUGUACCUGAUUGAUUGCACUUUAAACUUUUAACUCCACCAAAUGGUCACAAUAAUUACAUUUUCUCUAAAAUGAAAGAUGAUGAUGAUGAUGAUUCUUAUUACUGGAAAGAAAAAGUAUACCAUUCAUUAAGAUUUCCCACCAUGCCUGGAAUUUUGCAUCUCAUAGCCUGGAUAGAUGUUAUUUAGACAAAUACUUGAUCUAUCAAGGCUCCUAAAUGAAAAAAAAAAAGAGUAUUUAAAAGAAAUCUACUUUUUCAGAGUAGUUUUUACUUCACCAUUAACUGACAAUAUGAUAUAUGAUAUAUAAAAUAUGAUCAGGUUUUAUUCUCUACUGGUGGUUCUACUGUAACAGUUCACUUAUAUAAACUCAUUUGUCAAUCUUUUCAUUUAUAAAGAAAUAAUAUAAUACAUGUUGUAACCUAUUGGAUUGCCAGCUUGUUGUGUAAAUACUAAAACCCGCACACUGGGUCGUGUACAACCCGUUAACAGCAGCACAAACAUUAAGUCAUUUCCAUUGUACAUGAUCAUUUGUGUUCUCUCCAUGGCAUUAAGGUUGUGAUUACCAUUAAUUCACUGCGAAUUCUUUGUCAUCGUUGCAGUAAAUGAGGCCGCAGAAUGAAGGGAAAUUAACUUGGAGUUAAAAUAAAAUUAGUGGCCACAGCAACUGGACAAAUACAAUUAUGCAUCUGUAAUUAUGUGAAAUGAUCAUUGUCUCCUAACUGAUUAUUGCUAAGAAUAAAACUAAACUGAUGUAACUGUGCACCUGUUAAUAAACCCUAUUUGAAUUAGA